UGUUAUGGAUUUAGAUGAUGCACAACUGCAUCCUAACUGGCUGGCACUAGCUACAGUUACCUUUCCGCGGAAGCGUUUUGUGCGUGGACUGGAGUUGCAGAGCAAUGAAGAAUACAAAAAGGAAGAAACUAAUCCUCAGGUGGAUGGAGAUGGAAGUGGUGAAGAUGUAAGAACAUUUUACGAGGAAAUCACAACAAAUUCCAAAACAAGUAUUCCAACUACUGCACCAACCAUGGUUAACCGUUCAUAUAAUUCAAAGAAACCUGCUAUGUUGAAGUUCGAUCGUAAUCAAUUUUUUCGUCUCGCUACAACAAAUAACGUGACAGAGUUAGCGCGAAUAAAUUACCAAGCUGGCGAUGUUGAUGUGUGCGAUGCUUUCGGUUGGACUGCUCUUAUGAUGGCCGCAUGCGAGGGUGCAAUAGACGCUGUGAGAUUUUUAUUACAGUUGGGCGCUAAUAAAAAUGUUAAAGAGAAAACUGGCCGCACUGCAAGAGAUUACGCCAUUGAAAAGGGUUACGACUGCAUUGCAACAAUUUUACAAACGAACAUUGAAAAUAUUGAAGAACACGCAAGCCAGGAAGUUUCUUCUGCAACCGUUUCAAUUGAGCCUUUCUAUUGUAAUAGUUGUGAACAUACAUUCACAAACACAACUCGCUUACGACAUGAAACGUCAACGGUGCAUCAAUUUAGUACAAAAGCAAUUGGUGCACAAAAUAAGCUAAACAAAUUUAAUAUAUCAAACAAAAAUCGUGGUUUGCAACUUAUGGUUAAACAAGGCUGGGACAAAGAAAGCGGCUUGGGUCCGACUCAAUCCGGACGAUUGUAUCCAGUUAAAACAGUGAUUCGGAAGAAACGCACAGGUCUCGGCACAAAACAGGAACCGGCGCGUGUAACACAUUUCGAUGCGUUCGAUAAACAAGCCGUAAUGCAUAAUCGAUCAAGUAACUUGCCAAAAAGUAAAAAGCGUUCCCGCUGUGACAUACGUUCUGAAAAAUUACGCGAUUGGAAACGCGAACGACGACUUCGAAAAGCGUUGAGCUAA